ACCACCUGGGCACUUGUUUACGUUUCGUAGCAACCGUUCCGGGAGGUUGAACAGAAAAAAACGCACUGUUUGGUUCCAGAUUCUUCCGUGGCGCAGCGAGGUGUAAUGUUUCAACGGCCACGACGGACGGCACCGACUCCUCGCACCGAUGGACUCCGUUCAGCUGAUUGCGCACAUCGAAAAGUCGCUGGAUUAUUCCGUGUUUGACGUGAAAUGGAUUCCGUGCUCGGCCAAGUUUAUCGUGAUUGGGGCCCGGCCGAAGGGAACCGGAAUUUUGCAGGUUUACGAGCUGAACCGGGGCGAGUUGGAGAAGGUCAAGGAGGUCGAGAAGCCAAAGUCGUUCAAAUGUUGCUCGUUUGGGGCGUCCAGGCUGCGGCAGACCCAGCUUGCGGUGGGUGAUUUUGUGGGGAAGUUGGCGAUUUACGACGUGGAACGGUUGGGGGAGCCGGUUUACCAGGUGGAGGAGGCCCACGCCGGGAUUAUCAAUGCGCUGGACGCGAUGGGCGGAGCGUCGGUGAACUGCGGCGCGCCGGAGAUUGUGACGGGUGGACGAGACGGCUCGGUGAAGGUUUGGGAUCCACGGCAGGAAGGUACGCCGGUGGCGCACGUCAGUGCCGCGGGGGACAGCCCGGCCCAGAAGCGGGACUGCUGGGCGGUCGGGUUCGGCAAUUCGUACAGUUCUACAGAGCGGUCCAUCGUGGCGGGUUACGACAACGGAGACGUGAAGUUAAUUGACUUGAGAAUUAUGAAGGAACAGUGGACAACGAACGUCAAGAACGGCGUCUGUGGCGUGGAGUUCGACCGGAGGGACAUCAAAAUGAACAAGCUGGUCGUGACAACGCUGGAGGGUGGUCUGCACGUGUUCGACAUGCGGACGCAGCACGCCGAGAAGGGCUUCGCCCAGCUGACGGAGAAGAGCGCCGGCCAAAGCCUCGGCACGAACGGCGUCAUCAGCGGGGCCAAGUCGACGGUGUGGGCGGUCAAACAUCUGCCCCAGAAUCGGGACAUUUUCGCGUCCUGUGGAGGGGCGGGAAGCGUUCGGUUGUGGCUUUAUCACUACCCGGAAAGCCGUACCAAAACGCUGUCCGAGGGCGAUGUGCAAGGAGUUGUCGGGUCGCUGGAGAUGUUGAACGCGACCACGCUUUCGACGCAGCCGAUCCACGCGUUCGAUUGGAGCCCGGACCGGCUGGGGCUGGCCGUUUGUGGAGCGUUCGAUCAGACGGUUCGGGUGUUGGUGACGACGAAUUUGAACUUGCAUUGACG